AUGAGCUCAAGAAAUUCCCAAUGUCAGAAAUCGAGUUCUUUUUACCGCAGUUAUGGUAAAGCAUUAGUAUUUAACGGAAAGCAAGAUGAGAAUGAUAAAGUCACUAUCCCAGGCACUGGCACACGAGAAAUGUUUCCACGACAAGUUCGUGAGAAUACUUUCCCUGCUCUUGUUGGAAUUGGUGCGAUGCUUGCUGGUAUCGCUGCACCAAUGCUAACAAAGAGUGCUGGCCAAAUUGCUAUAGCACAAGGAAGACGAGCAAGAACUUUUAGUAACGUUGCAGGUGGGAUUGUUAGGAGACGUACUUAUUCUGGAAAUGUCCGAACUCCUAAACAAUCCGAAUUUCCAAAUGACAAUAUGUCAAAUGAGGAUUCCAUUCAACUUUUGAAUGAUGAUUCAACAAUAUCGAAAAAUAAAGAUAAAAAAUUAAAUGAAGAUUUGUGUUACAAUAACAAAAGCAAUGAGUCACAAGAAAUCCGGAUUGACUCAGCAUCAUCAACAAAAGAUGUACUUGUGGCUGAGGACAACAAAGAUAAGGUGCAUGUAAUUAAAGAUGAACAAGACGUCUCUAAGAUUAAUGGACAAUCCAAACCAAAAUUUAUCAAAGGUCAUAAGAAAAGUUUAUCGCGAUCAGCUUCUUCAUCUCUUCCACACAGACAUAAUGGACUGAGUAGUGCUAUGUUUACAUCUCCAUCACUUGAUGAUUUGCAAAAAGGAAGUGCUUAUUCAGUGAAGCAAUAUUCAAAACCUCGACCACAAUCUGCUGAUUAUCCGCUAUCUAGUGUUGAGCAGGAUGGUUAUUAUGACGACGACGAAAUAGAACUUUUAGAUCAUACUUUAUUAGAUGAACUGGAAGAUUAUAGUCCUGAACGGCGAAGGCGUCUUCUCAAGGGAAAUUAUUUCCAAUCUGAACCGCAAUUCCUAUUAGCACUUCAAGAUAUUUCAACAAGAUUAAUUAUUGUUCCGCGAGAAGCAAGACAAAGCGCUUUAAGGGCUGAAUUGACAUUAUUAAAUCAUAAUUUACCAGCAGAAAUCUGCAUGCCAUUAUGGUGUCCUGCAACUGCCGAGAAUCCAUGUCAUCAUCGUGUAGUCAGGAUAUCGCCAACUGACGCAGUGGUGUUAAAUUCAGCUGAACGGGUACCUUAUUUAUUAAUGGUAGAAGUCCUUGAAGGGGAAACGAAUUUUGAUAUGUCCAGGAUGCAAGCUCAAAAAUCAUUAAACCGUUUACUUCAUGAUGAAAAAAAACGGAAAAAAGGUUCUACUGAUACGUCAAUAUCAACAGAUACACCAAAAAAUAAGGACAAUAUAAAUAAAUUAACUAUAGAACAUUCUGAGGAAUCUACAGAUAGCCUUGGUAGUGUAAAUAAACAAGACACGGAACGUUCUCAUAAUAAAUUAAAAGAUACAUCAGAUGCAAAUGAUAACAUUGGCGAAAAACUCAUAGACAGUGAAUGCAAUUCCACAAAUAAAAGUGAUAGCAUCAAAACUGAUGAUAUCGGAGAGCGACAAUCAUCCCCAUUAAUUACUCAAAUAUCUGCACCGCCACGUAGUGCACAACCCUUGAUAAUUGAGCCUUAUACACAAACAAUUGAUACUUUAUCACAAUCGAAAAAUGUAUCAUCUGUUCCAUACACCCUUACCACUCCAACUCUACCAGAAUCAAAUAGCCAAUAUUUCAAGCAAGUUAUUAAUCGUCGACAGUCCAAUUCAGCAGAUGAGUUUGCUGAAAGAAUGCGUACAGCUGCAGUCAUGCUUGCACAAUUGAAUGCAGCGCAACAAGUGCGCACAUCUUCCGCUGGUGAAACAAUACAAAGGACUAGGGCUGAUACUGAGGCAAUAAAGAAAAAAAUAAUUAGUGAGAUGAUGUAUUUAGAGGAACAAAGAAUGUUAAAAAUGACAACCCAGGGUGUUACCAGUGUAGUCGGUAACGGUGGCGAAGGUGGAGGUGGUGAAAUGUUGGAAGACGAAAAACACGUACUGAUAGCCUUCAAUAAAGAUGAUCCAAGUGCUGCCGUGUUUAGUGAAGAUUGGGAAACGAAACAGGAGCGCAUUCGUAAAUCUUCUCCUUUUGGAUAUCUUUCAAAUUGGCGUUUAUUGUCAGUCAUUGUAAAAACUGGCGCCGACUUGCGUCAAGAACAAUUGGCGUGCCAACUAAUCCGAGAAAUGCAGAGAAUAUGGCAAAAUGCUGGAAUUAACACAUAUGGUGAUGUUUCAUCAGAAUCAUUCUUACGUGCUCAAGAUAAUUUUAUGAGAAGCUUGGCAGCUUAUUCUCUUGUUUGUUACAUUUUGCAAGUGAAGGAUCGGUAA